AUGAUUGUAGAUGAGACACUCGAAAAUACGGUGGUUAGAAACCCUGAUAUAGUUGCAGAGCUGAAUGCUCUUCUUGCGGAGAUCGCGGCGGUUGUGUUGUCCGAUAGAACGGAUUCGUGGAGGUGGCUAGGCGAAAACUCGGGCAGUUUCUCCGUUAGCUCGGCUCGCCGGCAUUUGGAAAGAAGGUUGGUGAAUGAUAACAGUUUUGUGCUAGAGUGGUGCAAAUGGAUCCCAAUAAAAUGUGACGUUUUUUCGUGGAGAGCGGAAAUGGGCAGAAUUCCCACCGCGGAUGCUUUACGAAUGAGAGGGAUUUCGGUUGGUGAUGGCUUGUGCCCUCUUUGCCGGUCGGAGGAGGAGACUUCUGUCCACCUGUUCACUUCUUGUCUGGUUGCUUCGGUUCUAUGGCAGAAGGUGAGUUCCUGGUGCCGUAUGCCCCCUAUUUUCGCUUUCUCGGUCCGUGACUUGCUGGAUGUUCACAAAACUGGUUCUCACAAGGCUGAAGCAAAGAAGAGGAUUCAGGGCAUCAUUCGGGUAGCCUGUUGGAGUAUUUGGUUGGCGCGUAACAAUGCUAUUUUUUCGGGAAAAGAGGUUAAGGUAGAAGAGAUAUUUAGCGAUGUUAGAUCUUUGGGAUUUUUAUGGUAUAAACAUAGAAUCAGGAACAACCCGAUCUCGUGGUCGGAUUGGUGUAAUUUUGUAAUUAUUUAG